UCUCCUGCGCCGCGGAGCUUUGCGCCAAAGCGCCCGGGAGGGAGGGAGGGAGGGAGGGAGGCGGGGCGGGGCGGGGCGGGGCGGGCGCGAAUGAAUGGCUACAUGAAUGAAUGAAUGAAUGAAUGAAUGAAUGGAGGAGGAGGGGGCGAUCGAAGGGCGGGGGGAGAGCGGGAGGGCGGGGCUUGGCUGGCCCCGCCCCCGGCCGGCAACUUUCCCGCGGAGCCGAGCAGAGCGUCGCGCGGGGCCGGGGGCGCGCCAUGCGGGGCCGUUGCGCCCGGGCAGCCCAAAGGCCGGCGACGCGCCUCGGCCCAGGGGCAGCCCCUCUCCCCCGGCGCUGAGCCGCCUCCCGGCCGGGGCCCCCUCGCCGCCCUCCUGCUCCUCGCCCUCCUGCUCGCCGCCGCCGCCGGGACCACCAUGGGCUACUCGGACCCCACCUCCAGCCGGGAUCUGCUGGGCAACCGGAGUUUGCUCUUCAUCUUCGUCUGCGCCUUUGCGCUGGUCACGCUGCUGCAGCAGAUCCUCUACGGCAGGAACUAUCUCAAGAGUGGGCUGCAGUUCAGCUGGCAGAGUGGAGAGGAAAUGGCCAACUGGACCGGCAGCCUCAAUUUCACGGAUGGCGGAGCUCAGAAGAGCACGACUGACCCAGGCACCAGGUAUUUUGAAUUUUACGAAGGUCCCUUUGACUACAACUCCACGAAAUGCCUGGAAUUGAGACAAGACAUCAUCGAGGUCAAAGUGCUCUCCAUGGUGAAGCAGACAGAACUAUUUGAAAGGUGGAGGAACCUACAGAUGUGCAAAUGGGAGAUGAACAUCACCGAAGCCCACCUCUUCAAGUCCACUCUAGCCAGGUGCUGCAACGCUCCUGCCUUCCUCUUCACCACCCAGAAGAACACCCCGUUGGGGUCAAAACUGAAGUAUGAAAUCGACACCAGUGGGAUCUUCCACGUUAAUCAAGAAAUAUUCAGGAUGUUUCCAAAGGAGAUGCCAUAUUAUCGCUCCCAGUUUAAGAAAUGCGCAGUGGUUGGAAACGGAGGGAUAUUGAAGAACAGCAGAUGCGGCCAGGAGAUCAAUCGGGCAGAUUUUGUGUUUCGGUGCAAUUUGCCUCCCAUAUCGGAGAAGUACACAGCGGAUGUCGGCGUCAAGACUGACAUUGUCACCGUGAAUCCCAGCAUAAUUACCGAAAGGUGCCUGAACCGCCUAUCACGUUCAGAAGCUGAUUCUUGCAUUGAGUAUGGGGAUGUUUUGGGUGCCAUGUCGGAUGAAAGCAUCAUGCAGAUAUUUAAAUAA